GACGCGUAGCAGCCCUCUUUCUUUAUGCACAAAAACCUUAAUUUGUAUGAGCUUGAUUUGAGUCCUAGUAGAAGACCAAACUGAAUGCAUACGUGCGCGCUGAGGUUUCCGUCGCAGACUCCGUCCAAACAUUGGACGCGGGAGCCGCCGGAGGCAACGUACGUGGCAUCCAUCCGUCGCCGGCUGCAGGUGCCGGGCCUUUCUUCUCCUCCCCGUCGCUGUCGCGGCAAAAUUUCAGCACUAGCGGCUGAAGCAGAUAAGAACAGUCCAACAGCCAAGCCGAUCGCACUCGCGCCACCAACCAUCCAAGCACCCGCGGCCGUCGCCACCAACCAUGUCGGCCGCCUAUGACCGCGCGGCCGAGCUCCGCGCGCUGGACGCCACCUUCGCCGGCGUGCACGGCCUCGUCGCCUCCGGCGUCACCCGCGUGCCCCGCAUCUUCCGUGUCCCCGACGACGUCCCACAGCAGCCCACCGACGGGCGGCAAGAACCUGCAGCCAUCCCGGUGAUCGACCUCGGCUGCGGCGACCACGCGGCCGUGGUCACCGCCGUGGGCCGGGCCGCGGCGGAGUGGGGGUUCUUCCAGGUGACGGGCCACGGCGUGCCUCCUGAGGUGGGCACCGCGGCGGUGGAGGCGGCCCGGGCGUUCCACGAGUCCCCCGGCGGCGAGGGCACCGACAAGGCGCGGCUCUACACCCGCGAGCCGGCCAGGGCCGUCAAGUACAACUGCAACUUCGACCUGCACCAGUCCAAGGUGGCCAACUGGCGCGACACCCUCUACCUCCGCGUCGCGCCGCACCCUCCCGACGCCGGCGACAUGCCGGAGUCCUGCCGCCGUGACGUGUUCUUUGACUACGCCGAGCACGUGAGGAACCUACGGGACACACUCUUUGCUCUGCUGUCCGAAGCACUUGGCCUCGACCCCAACCACCUCGCCGACAUGGGUUGCAACCACGGCCAGAUGAUGCUCUGCCACUACUACCCUCCAUGCCCCGAGCCCUCCCUCGCCAUCGGCACCACCCGCCACUCCGACUCCGGCUUCCUCACGGUGCUCCUCCAGGACGGCGUCGGCGGGCUCCAGGUCCUCCACGAGAACCGGUGGGUCGACAUCACGCCAACACCGGGGGCGUUCAUCGUCAAUGUGGGCGAUCUCUUACAGAUGAUCUCGAAUGACAGGUUUAGGAGCGUGGAGCAUAGAGUCAUCGCAAAGAACAGUGCACCAAGGGUCUCGAUCGCCUGUUUCCCAAGCAAUCCAAGUUCGGAGAGUAUAUAUGGCCCGAUCAAGGAGCUGCUGUCGGAGAAGAACCCACCAUUGUACAGGGAGACACUCGCUAGGGAUUACGUCGCGCACUAUUACUCUGUCGGAUUGGGUCCCAAGAUGGCCAUCAAUGAUUUUCGUCUAUGGAAUCGUCAGAAAAGUCCUUUAUGAUUCCAGCAAUAAUUGGACAACAAAUUCCAAGGGAA